GGCAACAAGGCAUCCCUCAACUCCUCCCUCCCUCUCCCUCCCUCCCAGCAAACCUAGACUGUUUACUCUUUCUGGGGGUUAACAUUUAACAUUUACACCGGAGCACCAUAGCUGACUGCAGCAUCAGAAAUAUUAGACAGCAACUUCCCAAGUUACUUGGCACUUUGGCUGGCAAACCUUUGAAGUGAAUUUAAUUGUAUUAUGGGACCUCGGACAGCUGUCACUCCAUCCAAGGAAAGAAAGAUGGUGUCUGGGGCGCAUGAUAACAGUCUUAGUAGUGGCAACAGUGGGUAUUAUAACAGAGGCCCCACGCUUACCCCUACCUCACCUGUGCUGUCAAACCCCAAAUCAGUGCUGAAGAGACAAGUGAGUCCAGAGGAGCUGCAGAGACCAGGAGGCCCAUAUAUAAAGAGGACAUUUACAAUUGUGGGUGAUGCGGUGGGCUGGGGAUUUGUGGUCAGGGGGAGUAGGCCAUGUCACAUCCAGGCAGUGGACCCCAGUGGGCCUGCAGCAGCAGUAGGAGUGAAGGUGCGCCAGUUUGUGGUCUCUGUCAAUGGUCUGAACGUCCUGUCUCUGGACUACAAGAUGGUCAGAAACCUCAUCCUCACUGGAAAACGAACCGUGGUCAUGGAGAUUAUGGAGGAGUCUGAUUGUUGAGGAUGAGGUUGUAUUGUAUUCGGUUACAGUCAACUUAAGGUCUCAGUCACCCAUUGGCUCUUGGAGGCGGAAAGCGUAGAGUAAGAAUGUGGACUGUAUUGGCCCAAAUAAAUCCAUAGAAACCUUGUGACCUUGAUAUGGAGCCAUAUGGACUUAGCUACAUCAUCGACCUGAGACGAGGGUCACAGAAACAGCGACCCCACAGAAACCUGAUGGGCCCCACUGUGAAGACGUGUGUUUACAUCAUCAGUCCAAGACUGACCAGUGUUCCGUGGUUAACAUGGUUCCAGCUUGUGCUUUUGUUCUCUUGAGGCGGUUUAGACUUUUGACCUGUUCGCCUACUCAUUGCCAUCCCCCUGCUGUUUGCUUUUCCAUCCACU